AUGGGGAGUCUAGUGGGGACGCCAUGGUGGGGAAUCAGGGUUCGGGCAACUUCAGAGAUAGCGCCACCGAUGUUAUUAUUCGGGUCAAGAAUGUUAAGUGGCUUUUCAGUCUCAGCAUCAUCACCAUCCCCGUCGACCGAUAAAGUUAGAGUACGGUUCGCACCCUCCCCGACUGGAAAUCUCCACGUCGGCGGUGCCCGAACUGCGCUCUUCAACUACUUGUUCGCCAGGUCCAAAGGCGGCAAAUUUGUUCUUCGAAUUGAAGACACUGACUUAGAGAGAUCAACUAAGCAGUCCGAGGAAGAAAUGCUUCGUGAUCUUUCGUGGCUGGGUCUCGAUUGGGAUGAAGGCCCCGGCGUUGGAGGGAUGUACGGUCCAUACCGGCAGUCUGAAAGAAAUGCUCUUUACAGACAAUAUGCAGAUAAACUUCUACAAUCUGGUCAUGUCUAUCGCUGCUUCUGUUCAAAUGAGGAGCUGGAAAAGAUGAAGGAGGAUGCGAAGUUAAAGCAGCUGCCCCCUAUAUACAGUGGCAAGUGGGUUAGUGCUACAGAUAACGAAGUGCAAGAGGAGCUGGCAAAGGGGACACCAUACACUUAUCGAUUUCGAGUUCCUAAGGAAGGCAGUCUGAAAAUAGACGAUCUCAUCCGGGGUGAGGUAAGUUGGAAAUUGGACACACUUGGAGAUUUUGUGAUUAUGAGAAGUAAUGGGCAACCUGUUUACAAUUUUUGUGUAUCUGUUGAUGAUGCUACCAUGGCUAUCUCACAUGUUAUAAGAGCGGAGGAACAUUUGCCAAAUACUCUGAGGCAAGCUUUGAUAUAUAAAGCGCUUGGAUUCCCAAUGCCUUGCUUUGCACACGUUUCUUUGAUUCUCGCACCUGAUCGGAGCAAACUUUCGAAAAGGCAUGGUGCAACUUCAGUGGGUCAGUUCAGGGAGAUGGGAUUUUUACCUGAGGCUAUGGUGAACUAUCUUGCAUUGUUGGGAUGGGGUGAUGGUACUGAGAAUGAGUUUUUUACACUUGACCAACUUGUUGAAAAGUUCACAAUUGAGCGUGUUAACAAAAGUGGAGCUAUUUUUGAUUCAGCAAAGUUAAGGUGGAUGAAUGGUCAAUAUCUGAGAUCUCUUCCUUCGGAAGACCUAAACAAGCUAAUUGGUGAGCGAUGGAAGAGCACUGGCAUCUUUACAGAAUCAGAGGGGAGCUUUAUAGAAGAGACCAUUCAACUGCUGAAGGAUGGGAUUGAGUUGAUAACAGAUGCGGACACGGCUCUUUCGAACUUGCUGUCUUAUCCUUUAUAUGCAACAUUGGCUAGUCCGGAAGGUAAACCUUUCCUAGAAGAUCAGCUUUCAGAUAUUGCAGCUAACUUGCUCGCUGCCUAUGACUCUGGUGAGCUCAAUUGUGCUCUUGAAGAAGGCCACGGUGGAUGGCAGAAGUGGGUCAAGAGCUUUGGUAAAACACUGAAACGCAAGGGAAAAUCUCUCUUCAUGCCUCUUCGAGUGUUGCUGACAGGAAAGCUCCAUGGACCUGAUAUGGGAGCUGGGGUGCUUCUACUCUAUAAAGCUGGGCGCUCAGGCGUUGUAGCACCCCAAGCUGGAUUUGUUACAUUAGAUGAGAGGUUUAAAAUUCUCAGGGAAAUUGAAUGGCAAUCCUUCAACAAGGAUAAUCCUAUUAUGGAGUCGACUGUUGCCACGUCUUGUUGA